AUGGCUGGACGACUUAGUCACCGGCGACGUAUACCAGAACCCCAACCUGAGAGGGCAAUGCCAAGCGAUCAGUGGGAUUCGGAAGUGAUCGUUCACUAUGAGUCGCUGGCACCAAACUUUACUGUCACCACCAAAAUUUACUUUGCUAGGCUGGUUCGCGUUGCUGCAGCUCUACGGAAGAAACGGGAAGUCCACUUCUCCCACGCCACUACUCCCCCAAAAACAUUGCGAAGGAGACCAAAAAAAAAUUCAGUGCUCGGGAUGGCAUUCUUUGACCUUCUCACAGCACUCAAGAAAUACGGAUCCAACAAAUUAUCACCUGUUCUAGCUGCUAUCGAAUCACUUCAGAAAUAA